AUGAACCGAAAUUUUAUUUUGGGUUUAAUUUUAUUGGCUACACUUUCCGUGCUUAAUGCAGCCACCACUUUUGAAGAAUGUAAUGUAUUUUCGGAUGAAGCUCCAAUUAAUGUCACAAUUUCACCUGAUCCUUUCAUUCUUGGUGAACCCAUUACAUUUACCGUUUUCGGAAAACUAACUGUAGACAUCACUACUCAGACUGUAGUUAACAUUUCAUUCAAUGAUCACUUUGGGAGUCACAUAUCCUUAUUCUCGUUUCCAAUUUGCAAUGAAAAUACUAAAUGUCCAAUUCUAGCUAGAAAUGAAUUUAGUAUGGUAGCAACAGUUAAUGUACCGGCGUCACUCCCUUCUAAAUAUAUUAUUUUAGUUCGUGUCCUAAAUUCUACUCAAUUGUUCGUAGAAAAUAUAGAUAAACCCUAUUCUCUUGGAUGUGCUAUCUAUUAUUCCUUUAUAACCUCCUCUACUGCUGGACCAAGUAAAACGUCAAGUGGUUCUUCUACUACUGCUAUAACGAAAACCUCUGGGAGAGAGAAAAUUGAAUGGAGUAGCAGAUUAAAUUUAAGUCUUGGAUUAUGGUGGAUUAUCUGGAUUUUUGGAA